AUGAAAAGAAAGAGUGGAGUCGAUGCAACACUACAACUCGAUGAAUUAAACUCUGCAAUCUUUUUAAUUAAACAGUUCAAGUUGACUAAUAAUCAAGAUCAAUCACUAUGUAAUCAAGUUACUACUGGGACUGUAGCAUUUAAAUGUGCAACAGAUGUAAUCGACGGGAUUACACAUGUAACUGAAAUUAUGAUUCCAAUAUCACCAAAUUUCGAUGCAGGUGAACCAGAUUACACGUUGACAUCAUUCACUUUCCCAAACUUGACAAACAUUCAAGUUACUGCGGGACCUAGAAAUCAAUCGAUAGACAUAUUGACCAUGUUUAUGGGUAGUAACACUUAUCCAGUGCUCAAAGAUUUAUACAUAGUGUCAGACUAUACAACGUCAUUGGCACCAGAAUUUAGUACCAAUAUGCCAGAACUCACUACACUGCAGUUGAGACUUGGAUCACUCACAUCGUUUGAUACAUUCUUUCUCAGUGGUCCCAAGUUGAAUUAUGCAUCCAUCUUCAUCACCUCGUUGACAAAGUUUCCAAAAUUUGCUCCAGAUAGUGUCUACCCAAAACUAGCUACCUUGAACAUUGUCUAUUCGCCAAAUAACGAUACCUUCUUCAUUCCAAAACAACAUUUCCCUAUUUUAAGAGCACUUUUGUUUUAUGUAAGUAAUGGAAAUGAAGUUCAUUUUAAAACUGAUCUUCCUCUUGGAUCCGCAGGUUGUGUGUCUCUUGGUGGUGAUGUUGUAGCAACUUGUGAUAUUAAUUUACUGGAUACAUCUAAAACUACCAUUUUGUAUGCUGUAUCAAAUACUACUAUUAAUCCACCUGUGAGUGCAUCAUCUCCCUAUCCCGAACUAACUCACUUUUCUUAUCAAUAUGGUAAGUUUAAGGAUUUUUAUCCUAUACAAACAUUUCCUCCAAAGAUGUCAACAUUAUCAUUUUCGCAAAAUCUAUAUACAUCAAUACCAGAUAUUGUAUUACCAGCAUCUGUAAAAGAGAUAAACUUUCUGAAUAAUCCAAUUACAGGAACAAUUGAUUAUGUUGGACCCUUUGUCAAUACAAACAAUAUGAAAUUAGUGUUGGAUAGUAGUCUCGUCACUGGUACAGUCCCCGAUAGUUUUUGUAAUAAUCGACUUGACAUUGUUGGGACUAGUAUCGCGGCCGUACCAGACUGUUUUUGGUGCUACAGUCAAACCUAUUCACUUAUUACCACCCUGCCAAAGCCACCAGGAUUUACAUGUCAACCAUCAUUUGUAAAUGCAAGUAUGCUUGUAACUAAUAUGGGUGUUGUAACUGCAGUUGGACAGUUUGUAGGUUGGGGUAAUGGCGAAGAUGUAAAGGCCAUCGUACCAAACAAAAUAAUGGAGAUUACCAAAAUGGAGGUUUACAAUCAAUUGGGUCCACCCGUAAAUUAUACACUCACUUUACAAAGAGAGGGUGCCGAUGUAUUGGCAAAUGUUACACUUGUUGAAGGUUCUAUCCGGAACAACAUGGCCCAAUUCUUUCAAUUGGCCUCUCAGGUGUACGUCACAAUGAAUAUGAUUAAAUACAACACGUAUUUCACACCGAUCGUCAGAAUACACGAUAUCGACUGUACCAUUACUAUUUACAACGAAACCUUGAUUGGCUGUUUAAUGCCACCAAUGCAGUCUGGGCCUACCCCAGUUGUCAUUGGAAACGGACACUACUCUAGGUCCCAUAUCGCACAAUUUAUACAAACAUUCCCAAUACUAUUCAGGGUCACUCAGAGAGCUUCACCUGGAACCAAUAUCACAAUCUUUGGAAACUAUGGAAAUGCAACCCAACAUAUAGCCGUACUUUUCGGCGCUGGAACUUCACAAGAAACAGAUUGUGCAGUUUUGUACCAUGACUAUUUUAGAAUAGUAUGUGCAAUUGCAAUUGGAGAUACUGGUGUCUAUGGAAAUACCAGUGUUCUUGUCAACAUUAACGGAUUCACUGAUUUGAUAAAUACAACAUUCCUUUCUGCACAAGAAAUUUGUAUAAUAACAACAAAUUAUUGUCAUGGAAAUGGACAAUGUCAAAUAGACGGUACUUGUUUAUGUAAACAACAAAACUUUUAUCAAAAUUGUCAAAAGAGUUAUCCAAUUAUCAAUGCAGGAGAAUAUGAUUCAAAUGAUACAUCACGUGUUACACUUUAUGGUGAUUUCGGACCAUUAUCACCAUUAUCGGCAACAAUAACUCUAAACAACUCGAUAACAUGUACAUCAAGCAAUAUAUCAACAUCAUUUAUCAAAUGUACACUUUCAACAGCAGCACCAUUGGGAUUAUCAUCAGUUCAAAUAACAAUCAAUGGAUUUAAUACAACAGUACCAAAUAUUAUUCGUAUGAAUAAUAUUGAUCCCAACAAUGGUAAUAGUAGCGGUGAACCUGGUAGUGGUAGUGGUGAAGAAAAUGAAACAUCACAACAAAAAUGUUCAAGAUUGACAUUUAAUUGUUAUGGAAAUGGUAAAUGUGAUACAAAUGGAAAAUGUCAAUGUAACACUGAUUAUAAUCCAAUUGAUAAUUGUUUUACAAAAUUUAUAAAUACAACGAUUAUUGCCAAUUCAACAUCACCAACUGUAUCAUUUGAUAUUGAUGGAAUUGAUUUCCAAUUUGAGUUUAAAUCAAUUCAAGAAUUGGAUAUUGAUGACAAUGUGUUGAAUCAAUUGAAUAUUGAUGAUUAUUCAUGGAAUGUCAAUGUAUCAACAAAUAAUUUAAUCACAAUUGCCAACUAUCAACUCAACACUACUUCUUCCACUUUAUCAUUCAACAAUGAAUUCAACCCAUUCCAAUCACUUCAAGUAACAUCAACCAUAUCAUUUGCAUCAUUUGCAAGAGAUGUGCAAUUCGGAGAUCAGAUACUUCAAAUCAAUCCCAACUCUAUCAAAUUGGCAGUGAAUGUGAGUGGAUGGCAAUACAGUUCAAAUGUUGCAACACUCAGAAUAAUAUUUACAUCAAUCAUCAACACCAACCAAUCAGUCGAAUUCAACUGCAAAGAGAAUGAAAUCGAGCCAACAGUGUAUGACUCGUUGUCAUCACUACAAUACCUCAAAGUUGUCAAAGAUGAUCUUCAAUUCAAUGGUAGAUUCAUUGACUUUGCACUUUCAGACGGAAGAGUAGUAUACUCUAAAACUGAAUUGGUAUCAUUCACACCAGUUAAUGACGAUGAAUCACUAGCAAUGAUUGGUAUCAGAUUACCUCAAUGCCAGCAAUGUGUGUUGGAUCCUGAUUUCACACCACUCUUAAUCGACAAGAGUCAUGAUCAAGGAUGUGAUUCAUCAUCGAGUAAAGCAUGGAGAAUAGGUGUUGGUGUAUCUGUUGGUGUCGUUGGUGCUAUUGCCAUUGCAACUACAACAAUCAUAUUGGUUGAUGCAUUACUGCCACUCGAUGAAUUAAACUCUGCAAUCUUUUUAAUUAAACAGUUCAAGUUGGUUAGUUCACAAGAUCAAUUACUAUGUAAUCAAGUUACAGGAAUAGAUAUAGUAUCCUUCAAAUGUGCAACAGAUGCAAUCGAUGGGAUCACACAUAUAACUGAAAUUGAAAUUGCAUCUACACUAGAGAUUGAUGCAGGUGAACCAGAUUACACGUUGACAUCAUUCACUUUCCCAAACUUGACAAACAUUCGAUUGAGGGUGCAACCGAGAAAUCAAUCGAUAGACAUAGUGGCCAUGUUUAUGGGUAACACUUUUCCAGUGCUCAAACAGAUAGAUAUUUAUUACGACUAUACAACGACAUUGUCAUCGGGAUUUGGUAGCAAUAUGCCAGAACUCACUAUACUGCAGAUGACUCUUGGAUCACUCACAUCGUUUGAUACAUUCUUUCUCAAUUUACCAGUACUGGAAUAUGUAUCUAUCGACGCACCCUUGUGGACAAAGUUUCCACAAUUUGCUCCAGAUAGUGUCUACCCAAAACUAAAUACCAUCAGUAAUGUCUAUUCACCAAACAACGAUACCUUUUUCCUUUCAAAACAAAAUCUACCUGUUUUAGAUACAUUUAGUAAUGGAAAUGAAGUUCAUUUAACAACUGACAUUCCUCUUGGAUCCGUAGGUUGUAAAUCAAACAUGGGACCCAUGGGUCUUGUAGCAACUUGCGAUAUUAAUUUACUGGAUCCAUCCAGAAUUACCUUUUUAAAUGCUGUAGCAAAUACUACUCUUAAUCCACCUGUGAGUUCAUCCUAUUACCGUCUAGCUUACUAUACUUAUGGAUAUGGUAAUCUCCAUACUAUCUAUCCAAUACAAUCAUUUCCACCAAAUUUGUUAGAAUUGAAACUAGAUAAUAAUCAAUAUACAUCAAUACCAAAUGUUGUAUUACCACCAUCAUCAAUUUUACGAGAGUUAUCCUUUUUGAAUAAUCCAAUUACAGGAGCGAUUGAUUUUGUUACACCCUUUGUCAAUACAAACAAUAUGAAAUUAUCUUUGGAUAGCAAUCUCGUCACUGGUACAGUCCCCGAUAGUUUUUGUAAUAAUCGACUUGCAAUCGUAGGAACUAGUAUUACCUCUGUACCAGACUGUUUUUGGUGUUACGGUGAAGACCUUUAUAUAUUGUCAACCUCAUUAACAAAGCCAUUGGGAUUUACAUGUCAACCAUCAAUUGAAAAUGCAAGUAUGCUUGUAACUAGAAUGGGUGUUGUAACUGUAACUGGGCAGCUUGUAGGUUGGGGUAAUGGCGUAGAUGUAAGAGCCAUCGUGCCAAACAAGUUAAUGGUGAUUACCAAAUUUGAAGUUUACGAUCAAUUGGGUCCACCCGUAAAUUAUACACUCACUUUACAAACCACCGGCGAGGAUGUAUUGGUAAAUGUUACACUUGUUGAAGGUUGGGUCCAUGCCGAAAUGGCUGAAUUCGUGCAAUUAGCCUCUCAGGUUCAAGUCUCUAUGGUUUUGUCCAAGUACAACACAUACUUUACACCAAUCGUCAAAAUACACAAUAUCGACUGUAACCUGACUAGUUUAAACGAAUCCUUUGUUUCAUGUUUAAUGCCACCAAUGCAGUCUGGGCCUACUCCUGUUUUCAUUGGAAACGGACACUACAAUCUUUCCCAUAUCGCAACAUUUACUCAAGUAUUUCCAAAAAUAUUCAACUCCACUCUCAUAGCUUCACCUGGAACCAAUAUCACAAUCAAAGGAUAUUUCGGAGAUGUCAUCGAACAUAUAGCCGUGACUAUUGGGGUUGGAACUUCAAAAGAAACAGAUUGUGCUGUUUUGUAUCAAGAUUCCACUGCUAUAGUAUGUGCGAUUGCAAUUGGAGAUACUGGUGUCUAUGUAAACACAAGUGUUCUUGUCAACAUUAACGGAUUCACUGAAUUGAAAUAUAUACCAUUUAAUUCCAAACAAGAAAACUGUCAACAAACAACAAAUUAUUGUCAUGGAAACGGACAAUGUCAAAUCGAUGGUACUUGUUUAUGUAAACAACAAAACUUUUAUCAAGAUUGUCAAAAGAGUUAUCCACGUGUUAGUGCAGGAGAAUAUGAUUCAAAUGAUACAUCACGUGUUACACUUUAUGGAGAUUUCGGACCAUCAUCACCAUUAUCGGCAACAAUAACUCUAAACAACUCGAUAACAUGUACACCAAGCAAUAUAUCAACAUCAUUUAUCAAAUGUACACUUUCAACAGCAGCACCUUUUGGAUUAUCAUCGGUUCAAGUUAUUAGUGAUAAUAAUCCACUUUUCAAUAUGACUGUGUUAAAUAUUAUUCGUAAUAAUAUCGAUCCCAACAAUGGUAAUAGUAGCGGUGAACCUGGUAGUGGUGAAGAAAAUGAAACAUCACAACAAAAAUGUUCAAGAUUGACAUUUAAUUGUUAUGGAAAUGGUAAAUGUGAUACAAAUGGAAAAUGUCAAUGUAACACUGAUUAUAAUCCAAUUGAUAAUUGUUUUACAAAAUUUAUAAAUACAACGAUUAUUGCCAAUUCAACAUCACCAACUGUAUCAUUUGAUAUUGAUGGAAUUGAUUUCCAAUUUGAGUUUAAAUCAAUUCAAGAAUUGGAUAUUGAUGACAAUGUGUUGAAUCAAUUGAAUAUUGAUGAUUAUUCAUGGAAUGUCAAUGUAUCAACAAAUAAUUUAAUCACAAUUGCCAACUAUCAACUCAAUACUACUUCUUCCACUUUAUCAUUCAACAAUGAAUUCAACCCAUUCCAAUCACUUCAAGUAACAUCAACCAUAUCAUUUGCAUCAUUUGCAAGAGAUGUGCAAUUUGGAGAUCAGAUACUUCAAAUCAAUCCCAACUCUAUCAAAUUGGCAGUGAAUGUGAGUGGAUGGCAAUUUAGUUCAAAUGUUGCGACACUAAGAUUGAUAUUUACAUCGAUCGUAAAUAAUAAUCAAUCAAUACAAUUCAAUUGUCAAGAAACCGAGAUUGGAACACUCUCAUUUGACUCAAUGUCAUCACUCCAAUAUCUCAGAGUUGUUCGUGAUAAUAUACAAUUCAGUGGUAGAUUCAUUGACUUUGCACUUUCAGAUGGAAGAGUAGUAUACUCUAAAACUGAAUUGGUAUCAUUCACACCAUUGUUGGAUAAUAGUGAACAAGCAGUUGCAAUGAUUGGUAUCAGAUUACCUCAAUGCCAGCAAUGUGUGUUGGAUCCUGAUUUUACACCACUCUUAAUCGACAAGAGUCAUGAUCAAGGAUGUGAUUCAUCAAGUAACGCAUGGAAGAUAGCUGUUGGUGUAUCUCUUGGUGUCGUUGGUGCUAUCGCUAUCACAGUUGCCUCUAUUCUCUACUACAAAAAGAAAAGAGCAAAUGAUAGAUUUAACAAAAACAUUCAAAAUAAACUAAGGAAUUUCGUAUCGAUUGGUAAAGGAAUAAUUAAAAAUAAAGAAGAACAUAGAGAAACAUAUUUCUACAAAUAA